AUGAGAGUUUCUACCCUGCUUACCACAAUCACAGUUUUGUUGAGUGUUGAAGCACGCAACGUUAUUGACCUUGAUCUGGCCGGAUUUGCCGCUCAUGAUGUGGGAGUCGACAAAAGAGACGCUGAACCAAAAAAUGUGAUGGAUAUUGACUUGAGUCAGUUUCAAUCCAAGAGGAACGUGGUUGACUUGCCGAAAUUAAAGAAGAGGGGAGAACAAAUUCUCAAGAUGGAGCAACUUGUGGUUCCCAACAAUGAAGAGGAGUUCACGAUUCUGCCAGAACAAGAUUUGGCUUUAUCGACCGCGCUUUCGCAGAUUCCUGGCAUAUCUAUUUUUGCCCAGUAUAUUCGUGACAGUGUUGAUCUGUACAAAAAAUGCGACAUGGCAACAACCGAGGACUCUGAAAAGGCUGGUCAGUUGAUCAUUUUUGCUCCAUCCGACAUUGCCAUUGAAGCUUUGGACUCUAAACCAUGGUCCUGGCCUCAAAAAGUGACUGAGUACAACAACAAGAAGGACGAGAUAACAAAUGCCAACAUUCAGCAUUUUGUGGAGUCUCAUGUUGUCCUUACCGAGUCCAUGAGCUCCUUUGAGAACGGUGCUGCUGGAGUGGUGUUCUCUUCUUUGAAUGGAAACAAAAUCCAGCUCGCACUCGACUCGGAAGGUUUCAAGGUGUCCCUUCCCAGCAUCGAUGAGUGGACACCUGUCAAGAGGAUUGAGCUGGUGAAGAAUGGUGCGUUGAUCAUCAUCGAUAAGACUCUGGACUGGCCCGACCGAGCUUAG